ACGAUCAUCCGUCUAUUUGUAGCAUACCAACCUUAGAGCAGCAGCAAGAACAAUAGCAAGUGUGAUGAGAGCCUCAACCAUUGUGACACCUUCUUCUCACUAAAUCUGCCUAUUCGAUUGAUGGUGGUGCGCACAAAGGGAGCGCGGUGCCGGAAUCGCGCCAUCUUCAUUCGCAAGUUUCCAAAGAACAAAAAGGAAAACAUGGCCGCCUCCACCACCUCCUCCUUCCCGACCUCCCAAGAGGGGGUCGCUACUUCUUCUCAGCAAAACCUGGACGCCAUCACCGACGACGACUUUGAAUACGUCGACGAGGAGUUUGUCCUGAGUCAUUCCGCAGAGCAACAAGCACAGCCCGAACCCAUGAUUCCCGACCUGUUCAAGCAGCCUUCCCUGGUGAAGGAUGACCUCAUCACGGCCACCUCCCAGCUCCAAGACCAAACUGUUGAGCACUGUCUACCCUUCCUGACCGGUGAGGAUGGACCUCUCGAUCUCAACGACUAUGGCCUCCCCAAGCUGAACAGGGACAAGCAUAUCAAGUUUCUCAAGCAGUCCCUUGGCCCGUUACCAGGUCGCUUCGUUGCAGUGGACGCUAGCAGGCCAUGGUACCUAUACUGGUGUCUGUCCGGUCUCACCAUGAUGGGGGAAGAUGUGUCCAGUUACCGGGAUAGCGUUAUCGAGACCGCUCGUACCAUGCAGAAUGAGUCUGGAGGAUUCGGUGGAGGCCAUGGACAGACUUCGCACCUGGCUACGACGUAUGCGGUCAUCCUAGCUAUCGCUCUGGUUGGAGGUGAGGAAGCAUAUGAUGUUAUCGAUAAGAAGGCUAUGUGGAAAUGGCUAUGCUCCUUGAAGCAGCCUGAUGGUGGCUUUCAGGUAUGCGUGGGAGGUGAGGAGGAUAUCAGGGGGGCAUAUAUCGCGGCUGUGAUCAUCACUCUGCUCGAUCUGCCUCUGGACUUGACGCCAGAAUCUCCUGCAUAUGACGGUCGCUCAAACCUGUUGACUGGUUUAGCGGAAUAUGUGCGUAGUUGCCAAACCUUCGAGGGCGGGAUAUCUAGUCAACCCAACAAUGAGGCCCAUGGCGCGUAUGCCUUUUGCGCUCUCGCCUGUCUCGCCAUCCUGGACAACCCUCGCCGUAUCAUUCCAAGCUACCUAGACGUCCCACGCCUCGUCUCCUGGUUGUCUUACCGGCAGUACGCACCCGAAGGCGGGUUUUCGGGACGCACCAACAAGCUGGUUGACGGCUGUUACAGCCACUGGGCGGGUGGAUGUUUCCCCCUUAUUGAGGCAUCUCUCAGUCCCUCCGGCCCCGGUUCCGAGAAGCACAAGACAGCCACCGGUCUUGCGGCUGCGCCGGAGAGUCUCUAUAGUCGAGAAGGUUUGAUUCGGUAUAUCCUUUGCUGUUGCCAGGACCAGACUAAGAGGGGUGGACUGAGGGAUAAGCCAUAUAAAAUGUCAGACCCUUACCACACCAAUUACGUCCUCUCCGGUCUCUCUUCUGCUCAACACCAAUGGGACCUCGACUCCGAUCCCCUUCCCCUUCCCAACGGAGAUACUACCCCCAGCUUGGCCGCUGUGGGGGCCGAUUCCGUCUGGAACGUCUUCCCUUACAUUGACGAAAAUGACCAGAUUUACGAAGACUCGGAUCGGGUCAGGCCUAUCCACCCGGCUUAUGCGAUCCCGCAGAAGAAUGUGAACGCAAUCAGGGCGUAUUUCCAGGGAAGAAGUGGGUUCGCUUCCACUUUAGGGGAAGAGUGAGGACAAGGACAUUAUUGAUGGGCAAUAGGGAAUUGGGUAAAU